GAGGGAAACAAUGCAUUGAUAGACAUCCGCAUGGGACAAGUGCCAACGAUCCUUUUCUUUCUGUGCUCAUAAGCUUGUUCGAAGUUUUGAUCUGAAGCCAUUACAAACACGAUAACCUAAUAUCCAUUGCUUUCAGUGUUAUGAAGAUGUAACUUAUUAGGAAACCCAGAUGCCAUCAUGAUGGGCUUUGGGCCCAAAUUCAGAAAUUUCAGUCAAUUUAAAGAUCCACAAAACACCAAAUAUCUCAAUGAUGAAGACCACACCACUCACAAAGGACAAACUAAGCUGCAGUUGAAGAUGCAUGUUGCUCAUGGUCAAAACUAUGAAUCUGCAUAUUAUGCAGUUAUCAACCAGUGCUUCUUUUCUUAUGGGUGUUGGCUUUGCUUCUUCCAGGCUGUGGCAGUUUCUUAUGCUGAACAAGUUGUGAAGUUGAUGGUUAGUUUCCUCAUGGUAGGGAAGGGCACAGAUGAAACGAAGAAGGAACUGAACACCCAGAAAAUGGGAGCAUCAUUGAUACACAAAACAGUUACUUUCAGAGAUAUGUCACUUCGACAGCACAUGCCUCAUUGAUGGCUUAUACCAAAGCUCGUCAAAGAUGAUGGUCAUGAUCAAAGUGAUACACCCUCUUUGUCAGGGACAAGGAUUUCAAACCAUCAAGUGACUUGUUUAUGGUUCACACAAAUGUGUUUCAGUGAGGUCCUGAGUUCUUGUACCACUGAAGAGAGUUCCCCUUGGCAACUUCAAAAUUUGACACUAUUUUCGAACAUUUUCUUGUCAGUUAUCUUGGUCAUAGUUUAUGUCUCUUCUUGCAUUCCAUGAAUAAUGUAAUAGUACUGAAGAGUUUUAGCUCCGCAGAUGAAUGUGUAAUAAAUUGAAGAUUAUGUGUUUGUAAUUGAUAGAUUAUAUAUAUUUGAAGAUGUUGAAUUUGUUGGUUGAGUUU